AUGGCGAGCAAUCCCCAAGGUGACAACACCAUUUAUCUCACAGAAAAAGAGGCGGAGCGCAUCAAGAGCACAGUCAAGGAUCGACUAAAGAAGUGCACUGAGCAACAUGGCAACGCAAAGGAACCGAGAGACAAAACCGCUGCACAUCAAGCAGCCACUGGUGCAGCUCUUAUGGCAGAUAUGGGUGGCGCACCAGAUCCAGAUAUGAUGGAAACUCAAGGGAAAACAGCAAAUACCAUACCAGCUAUUGGUGUAGGACAGCCUUAUCCUCCAUGCACAAGGCCAUUGUCAGAAUUGGAGCCGAUGGAGAUGGCUGAUCUGAAGAUGGAAACACACCACCGAGGCCGCAAGCUUGUCGUCAAGCGACACAGUCCAGUAGUCACGCUGGUAGCUAGAUCGUGGACUAUGGUGCAGAAUGAAGCAGGCACUGAUGCGGAGCGGUUAGAAAUUCUACUCCACAAAUCAAGAUAUGGAGAGGACAUUCUGGAGUCGACCAAACAGUUUAUUAUCAAGGAGCCAUACUUUACUCUUACAGAUCAGGGCGAACCCACGCUUCGGAUUGACCACCCCUCAGAUUUAGUUGUUUGCCACGAAGACGUUAUAAAUCCCAAAAAGUUUGAGGACGCAGAAAAGGCAGAAAAGGCAGCCACUAGAUUCAAGACUCAGGGCAAUACUGCGCUUAAGGAACAGGACCUUCCCCUAGCCCAUGAGAAGUACUCGGCCGGCCUAGCGAUUGCGAACCAGGAAAUUGUAACGAAAUCCAAUCCAGAUCUAGCACGAGAUAUCUAUCGUAACCGCGCAUAUGUAAAUCUGCUUCUAGGUCAACUGGACGAAGUCAAGACGGAUGCGCGCGCCUCACUGACCGGCAAAGACGACCAAAAGUCCAAAGAGCUCGACAGCAAAGCCUACUUCCGCGCCGGAUCGGCCGCAUACAGCCAAAGCCGAUGGCAAGAAGCAAAGGAGUUCUUCCAAGAGCAACAAAAGCUCACACCCGACGAUAGAGACGCCAAACUCCAACUCAAAAAGAUAGAAGCACGUCUCCGUGAAGAAGAAACAGGAUCCUACGACCUAAUGAAACUGCGAACCACCAUCUCCAAAACCCGAUCCCGCGUCGACGCCGCAAACUUCACCAAAAACACCGUCGUAAAAGACAGCCCAGGCAAAGGCCGCGGCCUCUACGCCGCCGUCGACCUCGCCCCAGGCGCCCUCGUCCUCUGCGAAAAAGCCUUCAGCGUCGUCUGGUCCCACGAGCCCGAUGCCCUCGUCGCAAUGACCUACGACAUCCGCGACGACGACAUCCGCGUCUCCCCCGUCGGCCUUUCCAAGUCGCUCGUGCAAAAAUGCCUAAACCAGCCCUCUCAGACAUCGCACUUGAUGCAGCUCUACGGCGACUACCAAGGCGAAGCCUCCACCGCCGAUAUCUUCGAAACCGCCGAUGGACCCGUUGUAGACGUGUUCCGCGUCCACGACAUCAUGUCCCGCAACGCAUUCAGCCCCGGUGCGCAAUUCGGCGAGGAAACGGCUCGCAGUGCGAGCACCGGACUGUGGAAACACGCCGCGUACAUUAAUCACUCGUGUCUUGCGAACACUGAAAAGGAAUUCAUCGGCGAUUUCCUCGUUAUCCGCGCCACGGCACCGAUAAAAGCUGGUGAGGAGAUUUUCUUCCCGUACCACGAUGCCCUCGAUUACGAGGCGCGCCAGGCGUUUUUGGAGAAGACGUGGGGGUUCAGGUGCAAUUGUCGGUUGUGUGAGGUGGAGGAGCAGGAUGGGAAGGAUGUUAGGGAUAAGAGGAUGGAGAUGGUGGGGGAGGCGGAUGCGUUUGUGGAUAAGACGCCGUGGGCUGGGGCAAAGAGGGUGGUGUUGCGUAAGGCGCAGAAUCUCGUGAGGGGGAUUGAGGGGACGUAUGAUGAGGGGAGGUGGGAGGGGUUGCCGAAGAGGCAUGCGGAAGGGUUGAAGGCAUGGCUGGCCAAGGCGAGUCCGAGGUGA